AUGCUGCUGUCGCUUCUGCCGCCGCUGCUGCUGCUGCUGCAAUGCUCUUUAACGAGCGGAGCCACUGAUCCCAUCUACCUGGUGACAGUCACUUCCCAGGCGGUGGGUGGCAGCACAGAGACUCUGUGUGCACAGAUUCAUGAGCCCAAAGAACCACUUUCUAUAGUGGUAACUUUGAGGACUGACAAUCGCAACUUGACCAUCCUACAACAGGGCUCCAUUAAAAAGGAUUUCUACAAAUGUGUCACUUUUAAGGUUCCUGUAGUCACUGUGGAGUCUGUGGCAUCUGUUGAUUUUGUAAUCCGAGGGGGAGAAACAUCCCUAAACAACAACACUAAGAUCCUCAUAACUCCCCCCCAAAAUCUUCUUUUCAUCCAAUCAGACAAGCCUAUCUACAAGCCUGGACAAACAAUUAAAUUUCGCAUUGUGUCUCUGGAUUCCAAUUUAUUGCCUUUCAAUCAAAUGUUUCGAACUGUAGAACUCCAGGACCCUUAUUCAAAUCGCAUUGGUCAGUGGUUGAAUCGGACCACAAGGAUUGGCAUUUUGGAUCUGUCCCACUCCAUGUCUCCAGAAGCCGCUCAGGGUUACUACACAAUCACUGCUUGGGACGAGAAGAACCAACAAAUAUCACACAGCUUUGAAAUUAAAGAAUAUGUUCUGCCAAAAUAUGAAGUGAACAUCGAUUUUCCCUCCGUUAUAACCGUCCAGGACAAAGAGGUCACUCUGAAAGUUUGUGCAAAAUACACUUAUGGCAAGCCUGUGUUGGGGUCUGUGAAUGCUGAAGUGUGUGGGCAAAGCUUUGAGAUCUAUUAUAUUAGACCUGAUUUCCCUGACAGUGUUGCCAUAUGCAAGAAAUAUUCAAUGAUGACUGACAAGACUGGCUGUGGGUCUCGGGUGAUAAAUGUGACAGAAUUUGGCAUGACUUCAGGAGGAUCUUUCCAAGUGAAUAGUAAAGUUGAAGAGUCUGGAACAGGGAUAACUAUGGAGGGUUCUACCUCAGCUGAGUUUACCAGUGAUUAUGUCAAUGUUUACUAUGAAGACACACCAAAUACAUACAGGCCUGGCAUGGUCUUUAAGGGAAAGGUUGUGGUCACUAAUCCACAGUCCAGUGUGAUGAAAAAUGAGCCAGUGGUUGUAUAUGCACAGUAUGGUGAUAAAAGUGUCAAUGUGACACUGAUGACAGACAUCAAUGGCACUGCCCGCUUCUCAUUCGACACUUCGGAUUGGUUAGAAUUACCUGUGGAAUUACAGGUUAUCUUUAGAGGUAAAGAACGGACUGAUUUUGAGGCUUUUCGAUAUUACCGACCAGGUUAUCUCUACGUAAGACCCUUUUACUCCAAAAGCAAAAGUUUCCUGAUGUUGACGAAGGCUCCAGAGAAGCUCAGCUGUAAAAGUGAUGCAACAGUGACGGCCAGUUACAUCAUUCAGGGCAGUGCACUGAAAACAGGCCAGAAAACUUUGGAUUUCUUCUACAUUGUCUUGUCCAGAGGCAGCAUGGUUCAAAAUGAUCGUCUGUCUGUGAAUGUGAACACCGGAAGAGAAAACAAAGGAAAAGUGACAUUCACACUGAAGAAUACAGCCAAUCUGACUCCAUACGCUCAGGUGGUGGUUUACACAGUUCUUCCCAAUGGAGAAACAGUAGCAGACAGUAUGGACUUCCCCAUUGAAGAAUGUUUGCCAAACAAGGUGUCCUUAAAGUUCUCGUCUCCCACCGCACUACCUGGAGAGAGGACAUCUCUUAACCUGAAAGCCAGUCCUGGCUCCUUAUGCUCUGUGCGGGCCAUUGAUCAGAGUGUGCUGCUGUUGAGACCAGAGGCCGAGCUGGAUGCAGCCUUUGUCUUUGGAAUGUUACCAGUCCAGAGUUUGUCAGGUUACCCAUACAACAUUGAGGAGAGAGAGCCUAACCCCUGCCGUCCUCCCUGGGAGGUGAUAGUCCCACUUGCUGAACCUGCAAGGCGCAAGCGCUCCCGCUUCUAUUACCCUUACUACGCCGACAAAAAUGAUGUCUACAACAUCUUUAGAGCAGUUGGAAUCAAAAUCGCUACCAACUCUGACGUGAAAGCACCUAUAGUUUGUGAUAAUGACAAGGUGAUGCGAUGUGUGAGAAAUCCUGCUGAGGAGAUCCGCGAAUUCUUUCCAGAAACCUGGAUAUGGGAUCUUAUACCUGUGGGGAGAUCAGGAUCUGUGGAUUUUGCAAAGAUUGUCCCAGACACCAUCACUAAAUGGGCAGCAGGGGCCUUCUGCACAUCCCCUGUCGGGUUUGGAGUGGCCCCCAAGACUAAUCUCACUGCUUUCAAGCCCUUCUUUGUGAGCCUUGCCCUCCCUUACUCUGUUAUCCGUGAGGAGACGUUCACUCUCAAAGCCACUGUAUUCAACUACCUCCCCAAAUGUAUCAUGGUGAAGGUCACGCUGGUAAACUCAGCGCAGUUCACAGCUCAGCCGUGCAAAGGCUGCACUUACACUCAGUGUGUUUGCUCUGAAGAGAGCCAAACCUUCCAGUGGAUUGUUUCACCCUCUGUCCUGGGAAAGGUGAACAUUACAGUGCGUGCUGAGGCGGUCCAGAGCCGAGAACUGUGUGGAAAUGAAGUGGUAACUUUGCCAGACAAAGGCAGAGUUGAUACUGUGAUGCACAGCGUUCUGGUGCAGGCGGAAGGAACUAAACAGUCAAUCACUCAGAAUGAGCUCAUCUGCUUAGCAGACCGUCCACAGGACACAUCUGUUUCUCUCACUCUACCCAAAGUGUUUGUCAAGGAUUCUGCAAAAAGCUUUAUCACUGUUCUGGGUGAUCUGAUGGGUCGUGCUCUGAGGAACAUUGGUGAUCUGUUGGCUAUGCCGUAUGGUUGUGGAGAGCAGAACAUGCUGCUUUUUGCCCCCAAUAUCUACAUCCUUCAAUACCUGGAGAGCAGCAGGCAACUCACUCCUCAGAUAAAAGACAGAGCCAUAACCUUCCUGGAGAGUGGCUAUCAGAGAGAGCUGACAUACAAGCAUGAUGAUGGAUCCUACAGCGCUUUUGGGAGGAAUGAUCCUUCUGGUAACACCUGGCUAACUGCAUUUGUGAUGAAGAGUUUUAGUGGGGCAAGGAAUUAUACAUUUAUAGAUCAGACUAACAUCGAUCAGGCAAAGGAAUGGCUGGGUCAACAGCAACAGGACAACGGCUGCUUCGCCUCUGUUGGGACACUCUACCAUAUUGGAAUGAUGGGUGGCGUCAGCGAUGAAGUCACUCUCUCUGCAUACAUCACCGCAGCGCUGCUGGAGUUAGGCGUCCCGAAAACUGAUCCCAUGGUGUCGAAAAGCCUUAAAUGUCUGAAGGAAUCUUCCAAUAACAUCGCCAACACUUAUGCGACUGCUUUGCUGUCCUACACAUUCACUCUUGCUGCAGAUGAACAGAUGAGACGGAGCCUCCUCUCCAACCUGGACCAGCAGGCCAAGAGAGAAGGUGUUGGACGAUACUGGACUCUGGAUAAUAAUGCGCAACCAUGGGGCUCUGUGGAGGUAGAGAUGAGUGCCUAUGUGUUGCUGGCGCUGCUCUCGGGACCCACACUCCCUGGAUUUGGACUGAACUACUCUGCUGGCAUAGUGCACUGGUUAACCAAGAAGCAGAACGCGUAUGGAGGCUUCUCCUCUACACAGGAUACUGUUGUAGCACUCCAGGCCCUCGCUAAGUACAGUGCUGCCACCUACAAUCCAGAAGGAUCCAUUACCGUAACCGUGACCUCCCCCUUAGGCCAGAGGAACCAGUUCACUGUGAACCGGAACAACCGGCUGCUUUACCAGGAGAAACAGCUGCAGGAAGCUACUGGCACAUACAAGCUGAGGGCAGAAGGCAAAGGCUGUGUGUUUGUGCAGUUUGCCUUGCACUACAAUAUCCCACCUCCUCCAGACUCUUUGGCCUUCAAAAUCAAAUCAAAUCCUGGGGUUUGCAGCAACACAAAGAACCCAGCUUUUACACUAACCACUACUGUAAGGUAUAGCGGCACACGAGCGGAGACCAACAUGGUGAUCAUUAACGUCAGGCUGCUGUCGGGGUUUAAGCCAGAUGAGACGUCUCUGCAGGCUCUGAGGGAAGACCCCACAAUCAAACGUCUGGAUCUGGAUGAGGAUCAUGUCAUUUUCUAUUUGGAUAGUUUGAAAAAGAAUCAGGAGAAGUCCAUCAGCCUGAAGCUCAUGCAGGAAGUACCGGUGCAGAACCUGAAACCAGCUGUAGUGACCGUAUAUGACUACUACAAGAUCAGUGAAUUGUCUGUGAUUGACUACACCUCCCCAUGUGCAUAAACACUACUGCGAUGAUCUGAAGUGCUAAUGGCUGAAGUAUUGUACACUGGAAUAUAUGGCGAGACAGAUUUAAUACUGACACUUUUCCUGUUUUUCUAUCACUUUA